ACAAAACCUUGAGAGCGCGCUAGUGCACUUUGCGUGGACGUCAUGCCCGACCUCGGCGGAGACGAACGACAGCUGCUACCUCUGCAUGAGCUUCAGGGAGAUGGUCGGCGUCGCUCCAGCAAGCUCGAGCUCCCGGACGAUGUCUGGAUCAACAUUAUGCGCUAUCUGAAGCCCCUGGACAUUGUGGCGCUGCGCCAGACCUCUCGACGCCUCAAAGGGCCCAGCCUCAACAGGGCUGUUUGGAUGCACGCGCUCCGAGUCGUCGUAGCAGACAAUGGUGUUCAUCCUUUGACCUUCCCCAUCGACAAGAUGUCGACCGCGGAUCUCGAGAGCGCUGCGUCGUGUCCUCAGAAGCUCACUCGUAUCCUUCUCCGCUUCGGGCAGAGCUUCCUUGCUCCCGUACCGCACCCUGAACCUGUGCACCGACGCGCCUUCUACAUCAAGCAGGAGGGCGACAAACCCGUUGUCCGGAGCAUUAGACUGCUUCCUGGCGGGAGAUAUCUCGUAGUCGAGAGGCUCGAAACAGUCCUCAUCAUGGACCUCGGCUGGCGCACGGAGGCCGUCAUCCGCCGCAGCCCGAUCUACAUCUUGCACAAGAAGACCAUUGGGGCUGGGCCUACGCGAGUCUGUACCCUGGAGCACCUGGUGUGGGAUCAGGGCAAUGGGAACCUUCGACUGUUCUUCGUCCUUAAUGGGGAUAGCUUUGUAGCAAACUCUGGCGGACCCGAGGUCAUCGUUCACGAGGUAUCCGACAUUCUCUGCCACCCUCAGGGUUCCGUGAUUGCCCGCCUCGACAUAAGAUCGGCAUCUGGAGUCGAAGUCGGGAACUUGACGGCCCAGCAAGAUUGCCUAGCAGUAGCCGUAGGUGAUCUCACUGUUGUGUGGGAUUACAAGAACCAUAGCAUGGCCAGUUUUGCCGGUCUUUCGAGUCCAAUGGCGCUCAUACAUGGCACCCUCGUCGGCAGCGGCUCUGAGUAUGAGACCCUCGAGGUGUAUUCUCUCCCGACACUCAGUCCCUCGCUUGCAAUAGACCCAACACCCGCAUCGCUGGCGCCCAAGCCGCAGCUUCAGUUCUCGCAUUUCAACGUUGCCAUCGUUUCUCCAAGCCUUGCGUUGCACCUCCCUCACGAUUGUUACGAGCACGCCACCUGUUUUCUAGACAAUGAUCUCUGCCUCAUCGAAGUUCGCUCCGAUACUGGCCAACUGACGCGCUACGUGGUGGAGAAGGUAUCACCAAAGCUGUCGAGUGCUCGAGCAGCCGUCUUCAAGAUCGCUGAGUUCAACAUCGGCGAGCACUCGAUUCAGCGCCGGUACAGAAUGAAAUACCUGCGCGAUCUUCGGGUAUGCGACGACGGCAUAGUGACGGGAGUAAUGAAAAUCGGAGCUGGGGAGGCGGGCAAAAGUUCUGCGAUAUACGUUCAUAUAGCCAGCAAAGGAGGGGACGACGCCCCUUACGAGGACCGGUUUGAGGCAACAAAGCGGCUGCUGGGCGCUGAGGAUUGUGGUUGGAGGGAAUGGGAUACCUUCGACUUUUGCCCUAUCUCUGGGCGACUGUGCACCAUCGUUGGCUCGUAUGUAUCCGUCUUCGAUUAUGUUCCUUGCUUGAAUAGGACGGAAUAGGUUUACUACGAGCUUGUAUCACGAUCCAGCUCGUCUUGUCUCUGUCAUUGCGCGUCGUCGUCUUACAGCUGCUAUCAGAUAUGGUAUGCUCUCUGGAUUCCUCUGUCCUCAUCAAGGUCGCAUACGAGACGAUGGAUUGUCAGGACUUGCCCGAGUCAAACUAUGGCCAGG